CCCGCGGACCGGAGAUGGCGGAAGCGCCGGGCUCGGGGCGCCGCUCGCGGUACAAAGCGGUGGGCUCGCCACGGUGGAAGGAGGCUUUCCGGCAGGGAUGCCUGGAGAGAAUGAGAAACAGCCGGGACAGGCUCCUGAACAGAUACCGCCAGGCUGGAGGCAACAUGCCAAGGAGAGCUCAGAACCCUCUUCUGGUGCAGGAGGUGAUGGAAGAAGAGUGGAGUGCUCUGCGGGCCAGGGACAGCUGUCCAGAGGCCUUGACCCAGUUGGAGGAGCUGCUGGACCUGGCUGUGCUCGAGGAGAUCCAGCAGGAGCUGGCUGACCAAGAACGGCGCCUCCUCAGCGAGUACGAGAAGAGCCUGCAGUUUGAUGAGCGCUGUCUCAGCGUCAUGCUGGCCGAGUGGGAGGCGAACCCUCUCAUCUGUCCCGUGUGCAUGAGGUCCAACCUGAGAGUGUCCGGCGGUGUGGUCACGUGUCCGUGUGGCCUGUCCCUCCCCUCGCACUCUCCAGGGUUGACGGAGCAAAAGCUUCGAGCCUGCUUAGAGGAUUGCGUGAAUGAGCACGGUGCACACUGUCUGCACAUGCCUGAGUUCUCGGUCACGGAUGGGACGGAAGAAAAGCCCAGUCUUCUCAUGAGCUGCGUGGCUUGCGACACGUGGGCCGUGAUUCUCUAGUGCCGACCUCCACUCCCCACUCUUCUGGGGCACAUGACUCGCUCCGCCUGGGACAGGGCCUUGUAAAUACUAGCGUUUAACUUAUAUCGGAUUUUGUACUAAAACUCUGAAACCUCUGUGCUCUCGGUGUGUUGGGACACAGGCUGGAGGGGAAGAACAGCAAAGACAACGGAGGAAACUGACUGAUU